GGUGGAGGCGCUGCGUCGUGACGUCACUCACGCUCCGACAGACCGGCCUGACAAACUCUGACGGACCGUCGCGCACAGGGCGGAUAAAAGUCUCUAUCCAUCGGUAACAACAGUAGCGAACCGAGGCUAUAUGAUUUCGCUUCUUCAAACGGCUUUGGAGAGGCGUUAAACCCGCAUUUAGACGCUUUCAAGUGUGUCGUCAAGCGCUCGGAUGUUCGGGAAUGUCAGGAAUAAACUUCCUGUUGAGCUUUAGCCGCCCGGAGCUUCACUGAAGGUAUGUGCUUCAUAAAGCGGGAAUAUUGACGGUGAGGUCUGGAGAACCGUUGGAAAUCCGCGUCUAGAUGUUGGUGGGGUUUUGAGGAGCUGUGUGAAGAUGAGCGUCACGUCGUGGUUCCUGGUGAGCAGCUCCGGCACGCGCCACCGUUUGCCGCGUGAGAUGAUCUUUGUGGGCAGAGAGGACUGUGAACUCAUGCUACAGUCGCGCAGCGUGGACAAACAACACGCCGUAAUCAACUAUGAUGCGUCUACAGGCGAGCACCUGGUCAAAGAUUUGGGCAGCCUCAACGGGACCUUUGUGAAUGACCUUCGCAUCCCUGAUCAGACAUACAUCACCCUGAAGUUAUCAGAUGUCAUUCGCUUCGGAUAUGAUUCACACAUAUACAUCCUGGAGAGAAGCCAACACAGAGUCCCCGAGGAAGCCCUCAAGCAUGAAAAAUACACCAGUCAGCUUCAGCUGGGUCAAGAAACACCAGAAACCAAGAAACACAUGCAGACAGAUGAGAGACGCCGAAACGCAGAUGCGUUACGUGUCAAAUCUGACAAAACGGAGCGGAAAAUCAUCACAGAUCCGUCCGUGUCCAGACCCACUCCUCUGUACGGUCAGCCAUCCUGGUGGGGUGAGGAUGAUGAAGAUAAAGGUCAGCGCUGUGAUCCGAGCCUUCAUGAACAUCACACAGAAAACCUCAAGGAUGGUGCCAAACCUGAGCUCAGCGCUUCUCCGGAUGAACUUCACAAUGGCCAGGGCAAAUCCGGUUACUCUUACCGCAAGGAACCAAGUUACUUUGAGAUUCCCACAAAGGAGAUCCAUACAAAGCCCAAAACCGCUUCCCAGGAAGUCCAGGAGAUUCCAACAAAAGACACGGACCACAAACCCCCUGCCACGCCUCCGGUGGUUCAGGGCCAUGCCUCCUUCACCAUCGAGUUUGACGACCAAACCCCUGGAAAGAUGAAGAUUAAGGACCACGUCACCAAGCUCUCCAUCCGCCAGCGCAAGCACCCCACCAGGGAGUCGAUAGCCAGGCUGACGGAGGUGAUGUCGGUGGAGAACAAAGUGGCCGAUUGGUUGGUUCAGAGUGACGCCAAUAUGAUGAGGAGUCUGCAGGAGCAGCCUGGGUCAGACGAGCUCUUGAACAAGACCUUCAAAGAUGCGCCCCAUCAUGAAGAACCUCAUUUUGAAGAACCAGAAGAAACACAGAUGGUUCAGUCAGUGUCCCACUCUGGAUCACAAAAGAUCAACCAAGAACCAGAGGGAGAAGAUUACCCAGUUAACUACAAUCCAGAUUCAAAGAGCCAAGGCAAACCGGAUCCCAAGCAAGCUUUUGUGAUCGAGUUCUUUGACGAUGCUCAACGGAAAAAACGCUCACAGUCGUUCACCAAUAACAUGUCUUCUCCAGACUUCCAGUCUGCUCUAAAAAGCAAAUUAGACAAACGGAAAGGUGCCGAACGGUCAACGUCAUCCGCACAUAAUCCACCCACACAGCAGUUCACCAUUCCCCUCAAAGGCUCAGAUGGUCCUCAGCGGGCUGGAUCCCUCAGACGGGAGAAGAGCGAAAUCCGUAUGAGCACGACUGAAUUUAGCUCCCGCUCUGUGACUAAAACAUUCGGCAGCGUCGGCCGGAGGUCCAAACUAUCGCAGGACUUUGCAGCAGAGUUACUUAGGGUGUCGAAACCCAGUCCUGCUCCCACAUGGGACCGAGACUCGACUUGGGUGAAGACCUCAUCUUCCAACACAGAAUCCUCCAUAACACAUCAGAGUUUUCCUAUUGCGUCUAAUUCAGUGAAUCAGACCCCCCUUAGAUCUCCCUCUGCACCUGUGGAUGACAACAGUACGGAGGCCAAAACAUUGGUUCCCAAGCAGCAGGAAGAGGAGGACAGUUUAAGUGAUGCAGGUACCUACACCAUUGAAGCUGAAAGUCCAGACAAAGAGGUUGUGGAGGCACGGAGCUUGAUCGAUCAGGUGUUUGGUGUUGGCGACAACAGCCAAACCUCAGCAGCAGCAACAGUUAAGCCUAUAGUUGAUGACACUGAGAGACACAAUAGUCUUCUACUCAGUGAGAAUAGCUCAGGCUCAAAAUUGGGUCAUUACUCAACACACCUUAGUGACACAUCCAAGAGUCCUGUACAGAUACAGUCGAUGACUACAUUAACGCCCGGAGGCACUAGGUGGGUUUCUCGUUGGGCCAGUUUGGCCGACACCUAUUCAGACUCUGGUCCUGCUUCAGGACUCUUUGAUAUCCCAACACAGGUUGAUCUUCCCACUGAAGCUGGUGAGCGGAUCAUCCACCAGGUUAUGCUUAACCGAAGUUCUGACUAUUCAGAAACAAGCCAAAGCAGCAGAUCAAGACGAGUUCUGCCUCAGGUUCCUUUGAAGGAGAAGAUCGAGACUCCGCCACCCACAAUACACAUCCAGCCGGACUCACACCUGUCCGGUGUGGAGAAGAGUUUGCAAGUUCAGAAGCAACAGUGGGAUCCACAGAAACUGAGCGUUCAAGAUGAUCUAGAUCCGGACAGCUUAAGCGAUGCCAGCAAGUCCGAUGAUGGCUCAGUGGUUGAGCAAUGCAGGAAGACGCCUGAUUCAACCCAGAAGAUGUGGAACCAGUCUACGAAGACCAACCCCAACCAAGAAGACCAGGAAACGCCUUCUAAGUUCUCCACAGCAACUCUAACACGACAGCAUGGCAAACUUACCAGGAGUAAUUGUUCACCGCCCAACAUUGAUCAACCAAGCAAGGAUGACUCUCUUGGUGUAGAAAAUUUUAUGUCCAUCGUUAGACAAGAAAGUUACACCAAAGAAAGGACCACCGACGACGUCCACUUGUCUAGAUUGCCUCAGAUAUCUAGUCAACCCUCUAGCAAAGAUGCUUUUAAAGCUGUAAGCACUCAAGACACUCAAUCCUACCUCAAAGACACUGAGGACGUUCUUGCAUCUCUGGAAGCGAAGCUUCUGGAGCAACAGCAAGGCAACAACAGUCGCUCCCAAAUGGAGGACUCCUUCUCGGGAGAAUCGGACACUUCUAGUACAAUCAGCGGGAAAAACCCUCCCAUUUCCGUGCCCAAGAAACCAGUGGUCCUUAGAGGACACUUAAGAGGUUCAAGAGAACCUAAGACCUCUGAUCCAUCUGAAAAGACCCAAUCUGGAAUAAAGGACGGCGAUGGCAAGGUAGAUUCAGGCAAGCGUUUUCAACUCCGUCGUAAUCAUAGUUCUUCUGAUUUUGGGCAUGAUCCCCAAAGCACCACCACCGCCACACGGCACUGGCCAGACGCGGUCUCCGACCAAGAAUCAAGUUCCCUACCUUACAAAAAGUACACUAUUCCUCUUCAAAAGGAGGGUACGAGCAAACCCAAAGUACACAAUAGUCUAGCUCGCUCCAAUAGCCUCUCGGCUCCGAAACCGACGAGGGCUUCGAUGCUUCGCCGUGCCCGUUUGGGCGAAGCCUCUGACAACGAAGGCACUGAAACUGAUCGAACGUCUCAGAACUCUGACGUCACUCCCUCGCCAAACAGCCGAAGCGCUCAGGAGAGCAAGAAGCUUUCUCGAUUGGACAUUUUGGCUCUUCCCAGGAAAAGGACAGGCUCCUUUAACACGCCCAGCGAUACAGAGUCUUCCACGAGCCGGACGGGCUUUUCAAACCGCAGCACUGAGUCGGGCAGCUCCGUGCGGAAAGCUUCAGUGGCGGAUCCCAGGGCUCUUCUGCGGAAGGUUUCCAACGCCAUGAACAGACAGCCGAUCAUCCGCGGACGCUCAAGCAGUGCCAAAUAUGCCAGUAGCACUGCCAGCUCCAGGAGGCGUCAGAAGGGUUCAGACUACGCCUCCACCUCGGAGGACGAGUACGAGUCUAACCAUAGCACCCCUAAACACAAACGCUCCCAUCAUUCAGGAUCCCAGCAGAACCCCAGGAUCCAUCCGCCUGGUCCGGUGCGAGCCGUGCCCCGCUCGAGAGACUCCGAGGGGGAAGGACACGAGAGUGACGCCUUCCAGAACUGGACGUCUCAUAGCGCGGAGAUCGCCAGGUUGAGUCAAGACUUGGCCAAAGAUUUGGCUAUUCUGGCUCAAGAGAUUCAUGAUGUUGCUGGAGACACAGAAGCUCAGAGUGCUUCAACAGACAAGAUGGGACCAGCCAUAUCUACUCAUGAAGAGUUGCGGCAUCAGAUUCCCGAAGCAAGUCUGAAUUUCCAGAAAGAAUCUCCUGCUGCGGCGACGGCUGACGAGACUGAGCAGAUCGUUAGUGAUCAACAAAGCACCAGACCAGACGAGGUUCCACUGAACAAUGUGAUGCUGAAUCCUGUGUCUCAAGUGUCUCUCGCCAUCCGUGAAAACACGGAGCAACUAACGGAGAAAAUCAAGGCUUUGUUUCAUAAUAAAGUGGAUGUUUUGGGAGAAAUUGAAGCAAAAAUCAAUGAGGCUGAUGAUUCUCCACCACUGAAAACAUCAAACAAGGAAGUUGCAUCAAUUCUCAAAGAACUGCGGAGAGUCCAGAAACAGCUGGAAGUCAUCAACGCCGUCAUCGACCCUCGAGGAAACCCGGAUCUCAGUCGCACGGUUUCUUCCACCGGGCUUCGCAGUUCCAGAGCGGCGUCCCGGGACGUGAGGGCGUCUCACCGAGGCGGCGGAGCGACACCGAACAGCCGGCGAAUGUUCAGGAGCACGGACAGGGAGAGUUCACUGGUGUGACGAGUCUCUGAAAAAUCAUCACUAGUCACUUUGAUAUGAUUUCAGCACACAAACCAAUCAAACCCAUCUACACGAGUUCACGAUCCUCGUCAACAUCUCUCAAAUAAAAAUGAAGAGAUGUUUGACACACAUUUGCACAUUUAUGUUCCUCAAAUAAACCUGGAUGUCCAUUUCAGCAGCUUGUGGCGUUGAGAAACCGCACAGAUUCUGGCAUUAAAUGUAAAUACGCUGUUAUUGAUUUUCUUUGUCUUUAUUUUGAUGGUUGUUAUGGAUAUGUAUGGAUAAGUAAUUUACAUGAUUAUUUAAAUCACUUUCUGUCUCUGUUGGACAGGGUAUUUGUAUGUUAAAGAUCAUUAAAAUAAAACUAAAAUUUA